AUGAUUCGGGGCAUCAGUCUCCCGUGGAGGAUAGCUCUUCGCCGGACCUCGCAGGAUAUCCGAUGCAGGGCCUACAGUCCGCGGAUUAGACCGACCGCGUUCUCACAUUUAGAUAUCCAAGCUUCUCGUCUGUCGCUUUCGCGCAAUUUCUCCUCGACUCCGGCCCGACGAAAAGAGAAACCGUCUCCGCCACAACCGAAGAAGGAGAAGGAAGAAGGAACCGAGGCCGAAACAGAACGCGAAGAGAAGAUAAAACCGGAAGAGCCGUCUGAAGGUAAAGGCAAAUCUGAUGAACCCAGCCCAAUUCCAGCGGCGGAGGGCCGUUCGGACUCACGACCGAGCCAGGCGGGAGGUGUCAGCAGCGGCGGCAGCUCAGUGAGCGGGAGUGGUGAUGGUGGAAGGAGAGGGAGGAAAGGGUCUUCGGAAAAGGCGCUUCAGAAACCGACGAUACCGGAUGUCUACCCGCAGGUGAUGGCCAUCCCCAUUGCUCGACGACCUUUGUUCCCCGGAUUCUACAAGGCUAUCACGAUCAAAGACCCGAAUGUUGUGUCCGCGAUACAAGAGAUGAUGAAGCGUGGGCAGCCAUACGUGGGAGCUUUCCUGUUCAAGGAUGAAGCUGCGGAUAAGGAUGUUAUCGACAACAUGGACGAGGUUCACGAUGUCGGCGUGUUUGCCCAGAUCACGAGUGCCUUCCCUGUUCACGGAGAUGAGGCCGGCCUUACGGCAGUUCUAUACCCGCAUCGAAGAAUAACAAUGACGUCUAUUAUUCCGCCUCGUGACGGGGCGCAGAAAGAGGCUGGCGAUCAAGAGGCAUUGAAAGAUACGUCUGCCGAAAAGCAAGGGGACGUUGUUGCAAGCUUUGAAGAAGGAGCCGCAGAACAGGCCGUAAAGGACACCACGCUCUACGAACCAUCGGCGUUCUUACGAAAGUACCCCGUGACCAUAGUCAAUGUGAACAACCUGGUGGAGGAACCCAUCGACAAGAAGAGCCCUGUCAUACGCGCGGUGACAAGCGAAAUAGUGAACGUGUUCAAGGAUGUCGCAAACCUGAACCCCCUAUUCCGUGACCAAAUCUCUACCUUUUCCAUGAGCCAAUCUGCGGGAAAUGUGAUUGAAGAGCCUGCUAAAUUGGCCGACUUUGCCGCUGCGGUAUCUGCCGGAGAAAUCAAGGAGCUACAAGAUGUUUUGGAAACCAUGAACGUCGAGGAGCGUCUGUCCAAAGCCUUAGUUGUCUUGAAAAAGGAGCUAAUGAACGCCCAGCUUCAAUCGAAAAUAUCAAAGGAUGUCGAGGCUAAGAUACAAAAGCGUCAGCGAGAGUACUGGUUAAUGGAACAAAUGAAGGGCAUCCGCCGAGAACUGGGCAUCGAGUCCGACGGGAAAGACAAGCUCGUAGAGAAGUUUAAAGAGAAGGCUGAGAAACUGGCCAUGCCUGAUGUUGUGAGAAAGGUAUUCGACGAGGAACUGAACAAACUAGCACACUUAGAGCCGGCUGCAUCGGAAUUUAACGUCACCCGAAACUACCUGGACUGGAUAACACAGAUUCCAUGGGGCCGAAGGAGUGAGGAGAAUUUUGGAAUCAGGAAUGCUGUCAAGGUUCUGGACGAGGACCAUUAUGGCCUGAAAGACGUGAAAGAUCGUAUCCUGGAAUUCAUUGCUGUCGGGAAACUCCGUGGAACAGUCGAGGGGAAGAUCCUUUGUUUCGUUGGGCCACCUGGCGUGGGAAAAACAAGUAUUGGAAAAUCAAUUGCCCGUGCAUUGAACAGGCAAUACUAUCGAUUCAGCGUCGGUGGUUUAACUGAUGUAGCUGAGAUAAAGGGCCACCGAAGAACCUACGUCGGAGCUCUCCCUGGUCGUAUCAUCCAAGCACUCAAGAAAUGCCAGACGGAAAACCCACUUAUUCUCAUCGAUGAGGUCGAUAAAAUUGGGCGCGGACACCAAGGAGAUCCAGCAUCUGCAUUACUCGAACUGCUCGAUCCAGAACAAAAUUCUUCCUUCCUUGACCAUUAUAUGGAUAUUCCCGUGGAUCUCUCCAAGGUUCUUUUCGUCUGCACAGCCAACAUGACUGAUACCAUCCCACGGCCCCUACUGGAUCGAAUGGAGCUAAUUGAGCUUUCCGGCUAUGUAGCCGACGAGAAAAUGGCCAUUGCUGAACGAUAUCUCGCCCCAGCUGCGAAAGAAGUCAGCGGACUGAAAGCAGUGGAUGUGAACCUUGAAAAAGAAGGCAUCGAGGAGCUUAUAAAAUCUUACUGCCGUGAGAGCGGAGUACGCAACCUAAAGAAACAGAUUGAGAAAGUCUAUAGGAAAGCAGCGUUGAAAAUCAUUCAAGACCUACCAGAGGAAGAGCUUUCAGAAGAGAGCAAAGUUAGGCAAGAAGUGAAGGCUGCGCAAGAAGAAGCCGCCUCAAAAUCCGAAACCGACACCGAGGCCGCAAAAGAAUCCGACACUCAAGCCCCAGAAGCCCCCAAGUUAGAAGCAGUUCAUGUUCCAUCGGAUGUCCAUGUUUCUAUCGGCAAGGACAACUUGAAAGAUUACGUUGGUCCACCCGUCUUUACAUCGGAUAGACUCUACGAUGUAACCCCGCCUGGUGUUGCCAUGGGUCUUGCAUGGACGAGCAUGGGCGGUGCUGCAUUAUAUGUUGAAUCUAUCUUACAAUCUGCGCUAUCAUCGGCCUCGCGACCUGGAUUCGAACAGACUGGUAACCUUAUGAGCGUCAUGAAGGAGUCUACGGUGAUUGCAUAUUCCUUCGCCAAGUCUGUUAUGGCCAAAGAAUUCCCCAAGAACAAAUUUUUCGACAAAGCAAGGCUUCACUUGCACUGCCCUGAGGGUGCGGUUCAAAAGGACGGUCCUUCUGCUGGUAUUACCAUGGCAACAGCACUACUCUCUCUCGCCCUUAACAAACCAGUGGAUCCCACCAUCGCCAUGACCGGCGAGCUUACUGUAACGGGGAAAGUACUUCGGAUCGGAGGACUGCGUGAGAAGACUGUGGCUGCUCGCCGCGCAGGAGCCAAGACCAUCAUCUUCCCAGCAGACAAUAUGUCCGAUUGGUUAGAACUACCAGAGAACAUCAAAGAAGGAAUAGAAGGGCAUGCCGCCAAUUGGUAUUCUGAUGUAUUCGAUAUCGUGUUUGGUAACGUUGACCGACAGGCUAUAAACGAGCUGUGGACUACGCAGCUUGCUGAGCCGGAGAAGGCAGAGAAGAAGACUCGAAAGGAUGACGACUAG